UUUUCUGUUUGCACUUCGCCGUUGCAGGGCGAGCAAACACAAGAGUUCGGCCAGUCCACCAACGUAGCCGAAGUAUGAUGUUCCACCAGGCGCUUGUCUUGAGCAUCGUUCUCUUCGCCGCCACAGGAAAAGCCCAGGUGGAUUUUUCAUACGAAGGAGAAUAUGGUCCGGACCACUGGGCGGAGCUGUAUCCCAUGUGCGGAGGCAGUCGGCAGAGCCCGGUCAACAUCCAGGAGGACCGCACAAAGAAGACGUCUUCCCCGGCACUCUGGCUGUACUAUCCUGGCUCCAUCCCGUGGGAGGCCAACCUCACCAACAAUGGACACACCGCGCUGCUGAAACUGGAUCCGGCACUGCCCAUCACGCUGCACGGAGGACCUCUGUCGGCGCCGUAUGUCUUCCAACAGCUGCACUUCCACUGGGGCAGCAACGACUCCGUGGGCAGCGAGCACGCCAUCAACUCGCACUUCUCCACGAUGGAGAUGCACAUGGUGUUCUACAAGGAGGAGUACGGAAACCCAUCCAACGCCGCCAAAUAUAGCGACGGCUUUGCUGUGCUGUCGGUCCUCUUAGAUCACAACGAAAACGGCAACCCAGUACUGCCUCCAGUUGUGUGGGCACUGCAGCGCAUCCAGAAUUAUGGUGAUGUGACCAACCUGGACACCAGGUUGGCCCUCGAAUCACUUCUGCCCAACGACAGGCACCUGUACUACACGUACCCUGGAUCACUGACGACACCGCCCUGUGAUGAGGCUGUCACCUGGAUCAUCUUCCGCCAGCAUGUCCCCAUCUCCAGCGAGCAGGUGGCUGCCUUCCGCACCCUGAAGACGGAGGACGGCAGCCUGUUGAUCUCGAACCGGAGGCCGCUACAGCCGCUGGGCAACCGUACUGUCAGCUUGGUCAGCUUCAGCAGCAGCAGCAGCAGCCGCCGCCGUGGUGCUGCCGCCAAGAGAAGGGGACAGCACGGCAGGCGCCGCCAGUAGACGCCGAGCUCAGUCUUCCAGUGUAUAACAGCUGUCAAUAAAACUUACUGCUUGCAACAUA